GAUAAUGAGCAGGCGAACGAGAAGGAGAAUGCGAAUGCGAUUGAAGAGAAUGCGAAUGUGGUUGAGGAGACUGAGCGCGAGAAUGAGGAGAAUGAGCAUGUGAGUGCGACUGAGGAGAAUGUAAAUGCGAUUGAGGAGAAUGCGAAUGAGAAUGAGGAGAAUGCGAAUGAGAAUGAGGAGAAUGCGAACGUGAUUGAGGAGACUGAGCGUGAGAAUGAGGAGAAUGAGCAUGUGAGCACGACGACUGAGGAGAAUGCGAAUGAGAAUGAGGAGAAUGCGAAUGCUCAUGAUGAGAAUGAAGAGACAAACACGCCGUUGAACUCGGCAGCGCGUGGGUCCCAUCCACAGGCUGCUGCUCCGCCCUCUCCCGGGGAUGGUUUACGUGGCAGGCAUGAACUCAACGACGGGGAAGAAAGCGAUGGACAACUGACUAUUGAAGAAGAUCAGAUUGAAAAGGAAGGGAAUGAGGGCCAGGAUAAUAAGGAAGCAAUGCCCUACGAAUUUGAAAAGUUCAAGUUUGGGAAAAUGAGUUCACCGGCACCCUCAGCCACUUCCGAGGUUGAGGUAGACGUUGAAAAGAGAGAUGCCGCCGACAAGGCCGAUAAGGAUGAAGUUAUCGAGGUCUCUGAAGAAGAACGACAACGUCUCCUCAAGCUGAAUUGCCACUCUCGACUGGGAGUAUCGGAUGCCAGCAUUGAUGCCGCAGAAAUGAUGUGUACGGAGUUUCCCCCCUCGCCAAAGUCCGCUGAAACUGCAAAAUUUAUUACGCAGGUGUUGGAAAAGCACUUUCUUUUCUCUUCCCUGGAUGCCAAGCAGCUGCAUAAGCUGGCAAUGGUGAUGAGCAUCGAGGAGUUUACGCAGGGAAGCAAACUGCUUGUCAAGGGGGAGGCAAGUAACCACUUUUACAUCGUUCUUGACGGCGAGGCCACCAUGACCAUCCACGAAGAAGAUGAGAGCAGGGCCACGAUGGAGCGACUUGAAAAGGGCUCCGCCUUUGGAGAAGUGGGGCUUUUGUACGAGACUCCAAGUGAGGUGACGGUGCAAUCCGUCACGCCCCUCGUUUGUGCAGUGUUGGAGCGGACAACGUACAAAAUGAUUGUUUCGCGGGCCGCCGAAGAAAAGCGCCAACGGUAUCUUUCCUUCCUGGAAAAUGUCCCCUUCCUUAAGGCCCUAACGCCGCAGGAGCGUUUACAGCUCGCGGAGGCGUUAAAGGAGGAUCAAUUUAAAAAGGGUGAUAAAGUCAUAAGGUACGGUGAGAAGGAAGAUUGGCUGCACUUUAUCGUGGAGGGCACGGUGGAUAUUAUUGGGCGUGAUGAAAAGGGCGAGGAGGAGUACGUUGCAACGUCCCACGCUGGGGAGUGUGUCGGGGAUUUGGAGUUUCUGUACCGCCACGAAACAGUGGCUGAUGUUGUUGCCACCAGCCCCGUCGUCACGACCGCCAAGAUGAGCCGCCUGCAUUUCGAAAAACUAUUUGGGAGCGCCAGGGAGUUGCUUGAUCGCAAGGUAAAGGACGAUGCCUCCUACACAUACUACCGCCGAAGGAUGGGCAGCGCGUCACCUCCACGGGAGGAUCUCACUCCACCCUUCGAUGCGCCACCGGCCUAUCUGUCAAACAUUUCUGUACCUUUGCCAUUGUGA